GGGAGGCGGCGCCCAGCCUGCGUCGUGCUCGUCCCCGCGCCACGCUCCCGCCACUGCCCCCGCGGCCAGGCCAAGGACCCCUCCCCCAGCUAGCCCGGCGGCCCUCAGGGACAAUGGCCCAAGUAGCGAUGUCCACCCUGCCCGUUGAAGACAAGGAGUCCUCGGAAAGCAGGAUGGUGGUGACAUUCCUCGUGUCUGCACUGGAGUCCAUGUGCAAGGAGCUGGCCAAAUCCAAGGCCGAAGUGGCCUGCAUCGCGGUGUACGAGGCAGACGUGUUCGUGGUGGGGACCGAGAGAGGACGGGCCUUCAUGGAGGCCAGGAAGGAUUUGCAGAAAGACUUUGCACAAUACUGUGAUGCGGAAGGGCUGAGUGAGGUGAAACCUCCAUGUCCUGCUAACGGGAUGCAGAUCCACUCGGGAGAGACGGAAAUACUCAGGAAGGCAGUGGAGGACCAUUUCUGCUUUUGUUACGGUAAAGCCUUGGGAAGGACAGAGAUGGUCCCCAUCCCCUAUGAGAAGAUGCUGAGAGACCAGGCAGCCGUGGGGGUGCGGGGCCUUCCUGAAGGUAUGACCUUCCAGCAUCCUGAGAAUUAUGACCUUGCAACCCUGACAUGGAUCUUGGAGAACAAAGAAGGGAUUUCAUUUGUCAUAAACAGACCUUUCCUAAAUGCCGAGAGCCUUCUGGGUGACCAUGGGGCAACAACAGAUGCUGAGAGAUCAAGGCAACCACCAAAUGAAAGCUGUGGCCCCAUCAAUGUGAAAAGUGAACCCAUGGAAGAGUCUGGCAUUUCACCGAAGGCACCAGCUGUGUCAGUGAAGGAAGAGUCAGAAGACCCUAAUUACUGUGUCUAUAAUGUGCAAGAAAACCGCUGCUCUUCUGCAAGCCGUGAAGUAAUAGGAGCAGAGUUACCAAUGGAAGAACACACCAACUUGUCCAGUGUGACAACUUCUGCCACGGGUGUAGAAGAUCUCAAGAUUGUGCAAGUGACAGUUCCAGAGACUGAAAAGGAAAGAUUAUCAAGCAUUGAAAAGAUUAAACAGCUACGAGAGCAAGUCAAUGACCUCUUUAGUAGAAAAUUUGGGGAGGCAAUCGGUGUGGACUUCCCCGUGAAAGUUCCCUACAGGAAAAUCACCUUCAACCCUGGCUGCGUGGUGAUUGAUGGCAUGCCCCCGGGGGUGGUGUUCAAAGCCCCCGGGUACCUGGAAAUCAGCUCCAUGAGAAGGAUCUUGGAUGCUGCAGAGUUCAUCAAGUUCACGGUCAUUAGACCCCUUCCAGGACUGGAGCUCAGCAAUGUGGGAAAACGCAAGAUAGAUCAGGAGGGCCGUGUGUUUCAAGAGAAGUGGGAGCGAGCCUACUUCUUUGUGGAGGUGCAGAACAUUCCCACGUGUUUAAUCUGCAAGCAGAGCAUGUCUGUGUCCAAAGAGUACAACCUGCGGCGUCACUACCAGACCAACCAUAGCAAGCACUACGACCAGUACACCGAGCAGACGAGGGACAUCAAGCUUCAGGAGCUGAAGAAGGGGCUCAGGAAGUAUCUUUUGGGGUCCUCAGAGAUCCUGUGCCCUGAGCCAAAACAAGCGCUCCCCAACGUGAGCCCACCCGAAAACGUCGCGCAGCCCAUAGAAGAUGUGGCUGGCAGCUUAUGGGAGAAAUUGCGUGAAAAAAUCAAAUCCUCUGUGGCGUAUUCCCUUGCAAUCGAUGAGAUCACAGAUAUUAACAAUAUCACCCAACUGGCCAUCUUCAUCCGCGGGGUGGAUGACAACUUCGACGUGUCAGAAGAACUUUUGGACACAGUACCCAUGACGGGCACGAAGUCCGCAAACGAGGUAUUUUCACGAGUAGAGAAAAGUCUUAAGAAAUUCCAUAUCGAUUGGUCCAAAUUGGUCAGCGUGGCCUCCACGGGCACCCCGGCCAUGGUCGACGCCAAUAAUGGCGUGGUGACGAAGCUGAAAUCGAAAGUGGCAACAUUUUGCAAAGGCUCCGAUCUCAAAUCCAUUUGCUGCAUUAUCCACCCCGAGGCCCUGUGCGCCCAGAAGCUGAAGCUGGAUCACGUGAUGGACGUGGUCGUGAACUCAGUGAACUGGAUAUGCUCCCGCGGCCUGAACCACGGCGAGUUCACAACCCUCCUCUACGAGCUGGACAGCCAGUACGGCAGCCUUCUGUACCACACGGGGAUCAAGUGGCUGAGUCGGGGGCUGGUGCUCCAGAGGUUCUUUGAAUCCUUGGAAGAAAUUGACACGUUCAUGUCAUCCCGAGGAAAACCCGUGCCUCAACUGAGCUCUAAGGACUGGGUCAUGGACUUGGCCUUCCUGGUUGACAUGACGACACAUCUGAACACUCUGACCAUCUCCCUGCAAAGACACUCCCAAAUCGUGACCCAGAUGUACGACCUGAUCCGAGCCUUCCUGGCCAAACUGUGUCUUUGGGAAGCGCACUUGGCCAGGAAUAACCUGGCCCACUUUCCCACGCUGAAAUCUGUGUCCCAAAACGAAAGCGAUGGCCUGAAUUACAUCCCCAAGAUCGUGGAACUGAAGGCCGAGUUCCAGAAACGCCUCUCGGAUUUCAAAGUCUAUGAGAGCGAGCUCUCUCUGUUCAGUUCACCUUUCUCCACCAAGAUCGACUGUGUACACGAAGAGCUUCAGAUGGAGGUGAUUGACCUGCAGUGUAACACGGUGCUCAAAACCAAGUACGACAAGGUGGGCAUACCCGAAUUCUACAAAUACCUGUGGAGUAGCUACCCCAAGUACAGGACCCACUGCGCAAGAAUCCUGUCCAUGUUCGGAAGCACCUACGUCUGCGAACAGCUCUUUUCCAUCAUGAAGCUGAGCAAGGCAAAAUACAGUGCCCAGGUCAAAGACGCGCCGUGGGGCACCCCGCUCCACGUGGUCACGUCCUGAAGCAGAACCCCACGCCCUGCCCCAGGGGAAGCCAACCUAGGAUCCUCUAGGCCCAGGGGAUUGUGAGACGAGAAAGUGAAAGAUUAAAUAUUUCCGUUUCUCUGAGGUCUUUUUCUACUUGGAAUCAGAAAUGGAUUUGUAAUAUCACAAAAUCAGAACUGUUUGUAUGACGUGUUCUGCUUCACUGUAGUUCAGUAAAA